GCUCGUGCGGCCGCUGAUUAGCCGAGUGAGUGGGCAGAGGUGCGCGGUAAAAUGCUAUCAUGCUAGUUUUACCUAGCGACUGUUCACACAAGAGUUUGCAUGACCAACCGUUUGGCUAGCACACAAGAUCUACGUGUUCCUGACUUCACGGAAAAACAGAGACAAGUCCUGCACGCAUAUGGGAAGAUGUCAGGCACAUGCCAGGACCGAAGUAGCCGGUGGCAGGACAUUCAGAAAGGCCUACAAUUCAUUCAAUCUACUCUGCCUUUUCCUGGCUCUCAGGAGCAGUAUGAGGUGUUCAUUCAGAGUUUGGUGAGGAAUCUGUUUGGCGAGGGAAAUGAUGUGUUCCUUGAAGGCGAAUGGGCACGAUCUGUUGAGUUAUACACAGAAGCCUUAAACAUAGCAGAGUAUGCCGAAUCCGAGGACAUCAUCAUCCCUCAAGAGAUAAGGGAGAAGCUUCAUGCAAACCGUGCUGCAUCCUACUUGAACAUUGGACUGCACGAUCAAGCCCUAGAGGACUCUGAAAAAGCUCUUCAACUCAAUGAAAGCAACUACAAAGCACUUUACCGGAAAGCUCGGUGUCUGAAAGAGAUGGGAAGACAUCAAGAGGCUUACGAGGCGGUUGCUAAAUGCUCCUUGGCAGUGCCUCAGGACACUCAUGUGAUCGAAAUGACCCAGGAGCUUGCCAAAAUGUUGGGACUGAAAAUCCGUAAGGCUUAUGUGAGGAACAAGCCUGCCUUAAAUGUUUUGCCUGGUGCAAGUUUAUCAGGUGCGGUUAAUGAUAAGCAUUCUCAAAGCUCUGCAUCUGUGGAGGAUAUUGAAAUGGAAGUGGGCCAGUCUAUGCAGGGUAUGGAUGGCCCAGUACCAGUCAGCAUGCCAGUAUGUUCUACUGUAAGUGAGAUGGAAGAAGUAGAGUCUAAGCCUCUCGUCAGUGUCAUCUCACCUCCGGUAGUCCAAGUUGAGACCCAUCACCCAGAGCCUGUUCCCAUGUCACUACAUAUGCCUCUGGUUAAUGGAACCAGGGCCAAUGACUCUUACGUAGUACAAGACAACUGCUUGGACUAUGAUACAGAUAUUAUUGGGGAUGAUCUGGAUGAGCUGUUGGACAGAGCAAGUCCUUCUAAUUCUUCUUUGGAUAUUCCUACAGUGGACGGACCUAUUCCUUUACCGACCAGUAUUGCCGUCAGUAGUUCAAUACAGAGUCCUUUGCUCAUGCCUUCCCACCUAAGCCAUCCGUUUUUCAGUAUGGCUCCACAGUGCACAAUAAAUUUGCCCGCACCGUACCACAAGCCAAUUUCAUCGUACCCUCUUGGUCUGGAUACAUUUUCGUCAGCACUGGAUUCAUUGGAUAGUUUGUCGAUUUCAGAUUCUCAGACAGAUAAAGCCUUUAGCCACCAACAUUUUAUGUCGCUGGGCAAUAGCAACAUGACAGUGCCAACCAUUCCACCCAUUGGGAUGGGUUUCAGUACAUCCGAUGGGGCAUUUGUGCAGGAUUAUCCGCAGCAGCUAGACCUUGCCAAGAACCCACUUGCUGAUACACAUGAUUUUAAACAGGCCUGUUCCUCAUGCUACAUUAAAACUGGACCUGGAGUGCUGGAUUACACUUACCAUCCAGAGGACCACAAAUGCAAAAAAGAUUUGCUUUUGGGUCGAACCAAACAUGCAGAACUUCCAACAUGGAAGCUUAUUCGCCCAAGACCCACUAAAAACCAGUACAUGGGGCCUUAUUAUAUUUGCAAAGAUGUGGCGAUGGGACAAGAAUGCCGGUAUCUUGGCCACUGUACCUUUGCUUAUUGCCAAGAAGAAAUUGAUGUGUGGACCCUAGAACGUAAAGGCUUCAUCUGCAGGGAUAAUCUGUGCGAUCCUUACGGAUAUAGACCUAAGAUCAAUUUGACCGUGCCCAAAAUCCUACAGGAGCACCAUGGGAUAUUUAUGUUCCUCUGUGAGGUGUGCUUUGAUCACAAACCCAGAAUAAUCAGCAAAACCAAUAAGGACAACCCCGGUCUAUGCUCUCACCCAGUGACAAAGCAUGCGUUUGAGGAAAAAAAGUGCCUUGUACACUAUUUAAGGGACAAAACCGUCAGGUACUCCAAAAUCCGUCCAUACAUCCCACUUUGCCAGAUGGAUCUGUGUAGGCAUGAGGUACGAUACGGGUGCCAGCGUGAGGAUUCCUGCUUUUACGCCCACAGCCUCAUCGAGCUCAAAGUGUGGAUGAUGCAGAGUAAACAAGGUAUCACACAUGAAGGUAUUGUUCAGGAGUCACAGAAAUAUUGGAAUAUGGAUGCUGCUGUUCAAGCCCAGGAGCUCCCACCAGCCUUGCGCAGAUUUGGGCCAGCUAACCUGAAGAUGCAGUUUGUAUGUGCUCAGUGUUGGAGGAAUGGCCAAGUCAGCGAGCCGGACAAAAACAAGAAGUACUGCAGUGCCAAGGCCAGGCAUCCUUGGUCUAAAGAGAGACGAGUGGUUCUGGUUAGUUCUAUUGAACGGAAAAAGUGGACUACAGUUCGACCUCUCCCAACAAAAAAGCCUGUUCCUGCUCAGUUUGAAAUUUGCUUGCAUGUGGCAGCAGGCAAAAAGUGUCAGUACAUUGGAAACUGCACAUUUGCUCACAGUACAGAAGAAAGAGAUCUAUGGACUUUCAUGAAAGAUAACAAUAGAGAGGGAAUGGUCAAAAAGCAGGGCAGGAACAUGCUGGUCAAGUGAGUUUUUAAUUUCUUAAGAAUUUUAAGUUAUGUCAUAUUAUUUAAUUACUUUUUCUGUGUUUUAGUUUUUGUCGUGGUGUUGAUUCAGUAUUGGUAUCGAGAUAUUUUAGACGGGUAUCAAAUCGAAGUCAUAAUGUGACAACACUAGAGAUGGGUAUUAUGUACCAUUUGUUUGUUUAAAGUGGGGGUUCUCAACACUGGCCCUCGAGAUCCACUUUUUUUAAUGCAAAUUUUUGUUUCAACCCUAAUCAAACACACCUGAACAAGCUAAUCAAGGUCUUCAGGAUUACUAGAAAGUAACAAGCAGGUGAGUUUGAUCAAGGUUGGAGCAAAACUCUGCAUGAGUUGAGAACCCCUGGUUUAAAGGUACACUACUUAACUUUUGGCCCUAUAUUGGUUAAAAAAUAAAACUGCUUGUAUUUUGUGGAAGAACAUUGUUUUGGGUGUGCUUCGGCUCUGCAUGACUCUGCAGAUGAAUAGGAUUAUCCUGCUGCUAAUAAACCACUCACUACUAAGCUCAAGAGAUAUAACCAGUUUAGAUGGAAAGGAUCUCAAGCUGAUGAGCUGAAGACAUAACUGUAGCUUUACCAUUAUGUGGCAAGUAGACAUGCCGAUAUUCGGUAAUACGAUAUAUCACGAUAAUAAAUAUGCACAAUAUUGUUAUUGUGGCUAUUUCAAAAUACCGUGAAUAAUUACGAAUUAUUCAAAUUUUUAUAAUAAAUUAAGAAUACUUUCCCCAUCAACCGUAUAAAAUGCACAACAUCGCUGUAUCCUGCGCCAAAGGGACACGCGCUCAGAUGUAAACAAGCCCAACGUGAAUGAGAAGCACAUGGCGGAACGAGUGAAGGAGACGCGCUGAAUGAAAGUGCACGUUCACUCUCUGACAGCAGAGGGCGCUGAUGGAACAGCAGAAAUGCAGCGGUUACCCCGGAAACCCCGCAAAUAAAGCAGCUGCUCUACUGAACAGUAUUUAAAAUGCUUCAAACAGCCAUUCAGUUUUUUGUGUUCGCAGUGUUCAUCACAGCACCAAAUACUUAAUACUUAAAAACUUAAUAGGCUAUUUAUUUUCAAAAUUAAACUUUUUUUUUUUUUUUUUAAUAAAUGUUUAAGGUUUAAAAAAAUAGCCUAACGUUAAAUGAGACCUUAUUGUAAAGUGUUACCUGUUGUUCUUUAUAAUUCUUUUGCAACAUUUUAUGUUUGAAACAUUUUACUUUAUAAUUUGUGUAUUGAGUUGUAUUUAAAUGUUCAGAGUUCUUAUUGUUAUUAGAAAGAGUCCUUAAACCUGUUGUACUAUGACAACACUUUUUUUGCAACUUAUUUCAAUAUCAUGAUAAAAUUCGUAUACCUUGAUAAAGGCUUCAGCAAUUAUCGCAACAUGAAAAUCUUAUAUCGUCACAUGCCUAGUGGCAAGUAGCCAUGUAAUAAGCGGGAUAAUUCACAUCCAGCUGGUUAUCGCAGAAUAAACCCCUUUAGGCUGAUGCAAGGUCCUGAUCACCCUGUCGGGGUUUAUUCUGUGAUAAGAACCAGCUGGAUAUACACUAUCCCUUACUUAUUCACCUGUUGAGUAAAACUUCUCCAUCGCCUUUAAACCAUUUCAAAUUUCUCAGUUUUGCCAUCUCUGAAAAGCCAAGCCAAUGUUGAUUCUUGUAUUAUUACGAGCUGUCACAUUCUCUUUUUGCCAGCAGACUCUCCUCUGUUCUGCGUUGUUUUUGGUUUUUUUUGAGUGAUUCUCCAGAGGUUCACCGCUGUGCUUAAUAUUUGUAUGAAAUGAAAUUUACAUAAAAUAGAAAUAUUUUGCAACAUACAAAUUAUUUUUGUCAGUCUUUAUCCUUUUAAUGCAUUGUUGCUGAAUACAAGUAUUAAUUUCUUUCAGAAAAGAAAAAAAACAGACAUCCUACUGACCCCUAACUUUUGAAUUGUGCUCUUAAUAUGAUUGUAAAAUUAAUAGAUUGACUAAUAUUAUCA